AUGCGUCAAUAUGUGUCAUCAACAUCAAUUAUAACUAAUGAACACAUUAUCUAUUAUUUAAUGAAUGAAGAUGAUGUUGUAAAAGAAAUGACAAAAAUAAUAAAAGAAAUAAAUGAAGUUUUAGGUUUAUCAUCAGUAACAAUGGUACGUUUAUUACUCAAUUAUUUUCAUUGGGAUAAAGAUACAUUGACUGAUCGUUACUGGGAAGAUCCAGAUAAAUUACUUCGUAUAUUGAAUAUUGCUAAUCCAAACUUAUCAUCAACAGAUGAUUAUAAUCCUCUUUCGCCACCAUCAAAUGUUGAUCAAGAUCCAUUAUUAAAAUCAACUAACCAUGGACUUGUUACAUGUAAAACUUGUUAUUUAGACAAACCUUUAAACGAAUUUUAUUCGUUAUCAUGUCAUCAUCAACAUUGUUUAACAUGUUGGCGAUUAUAUCUUGAAUCAAAAAUAUCACAAGGUAGCAAUGGACAAACAAUAUCAUGUCCAUCAAGAUGUAAUCAAAUUGUUGAUGAUGAACAAAUAUUUCAAUUAUUAUCAAAUAAUAAACGAUUAAAAGAACGUUAUCAACAAAUAUUAAUUAAUACAUUUGUUGAAACAAAUCGUUUAACCCAUUGGUGUCCUGGAAAUGCAUGUUCGACAAUAGUUAAAUUACAGUCUCGUUUAACUGAUUGUGCACAAAUGAUAUCAUGUGAUAUGUGUAAAACAAUUUUCUGUUUUCAAUGUUUACAACAAUGGCAUGAUCCAGUUCAAUGUUCAUUAUUACAAAAAUGGGAAAAGAAAAAUCGAGAUGAAUCAAUGACCUGUGAAUGGAUUGUUGCAAACACUAAAGAAUGUCCAAGUUGUCAUUCAAGUAUUGAAAAAAAUGGUGGUUGUAAUCACAUGACUUGUCGAAAACCAGGAUGCGGUCAUGAAUUUUGUUGGAUAUGUUUAAAUCCUUGGAAAGAUCAUGCAUCUCGUCAAUGUAAUGUUUAUCGUGAGGAUGAAGCAAAUAAAUCUCAAGAAUCAGCUCGUGAAAGUCUUGCACGAUAUAUACAUUAUUUUUCACGUUAUCAAACACAUAAUCAAUCACUUGAAUUAGAAGGUAAACUUGCAAAUCAAAUUGAACAACGUAUACAUGAAAUGCAAGCUGAAUCAAUGUCAUAUACUGAACAACAAGCAAUUUAUAAAGCAUUUGAUGUUUUAAAACAAUGUCGACGUACAUUAAAAUAUACAUAUGCAUUUGCUUAUUAUUUAUAUCGAAAUAAUCAAGCCGAAGUAUUUGAACAAAAUCAAGCUGAUUUAGAACGAGAAACAGAAGCAUUAUCUGGUUAUUUAGAACGAGAAAUAGAGGCCGAUCAAAAUAUAUCAUUAAAAUUAAUGGAUAAAACACGUUAUUGUGAUCAACGACGAAAAAUUUUACUUGAUCAUUGCAAGGAAGGUUAUGCUGAACAUUAUUGGGCCGGUUUAGAUUCGUAUUGA